UCUCCAAGGCAUAAGCUGCCAAAAAAACUUAUUACAGCACAAAGAUCAGCCAUGGAAGGGGCUGAAAAUGGCUGCUAACACUUUUCUAAUAAACAAGGCUGGGGAAUAUUUCUUGCAGAUGAAGUUGUUUCAACAUUUGUCCAUCCUUUUGACAUCUCAUGGUAACGCGAUUAAAACGGUGAAGAGUUCCGCUUUUCAACAAGAUGAUGGAAAAAGUCGGAUCGGAUCUUGGUGAAACUCCCAGCGAUGAUCUGAGUCCUGUGCAGAAAGAUUUCCCCAGACACAGAGCAGACCGUGAGGAAGCGGAAAGCACGAGCGAGCCUGCAGAUCAAUGCACUGAGGGACAGCAGCUCCCAGCCGAGCAACAAUCUGCGUCAAAUGAUGGGGUUUCCAAGGAAACGAGACACGACUCCCCUGAUCCCCUAUCGGAAGUGCCAGUCAUAAACCUGAUGCAAAGAGGAGUCCAGCCUAUAAAUGAGAGGGAUCAGAAAGGCACGUUUACUCAUUCAGUACCGACCACCGAGUUGUCAAGACCCCCGGUGCCUCUGACUCUUCAAAGUCCAGUGAGUGAGAAUCGGAUGGUCCAGUUAACUACAGCUCAUCUCCCUCUGCCUGCAGCCAGAGCAAUGCUGUAUAACAGCACUUCCCAGUACCAGACCUUGCCACUUUUAAACAGUGAGCCAGAACCCUUCAACAUGUUCUCCAGUAAUAGAGUGAAAAGAAGGCCAACUCCCUACGACGUGGAAGUCACUACUGGUGUUGCUCAGCCUAAAAUUGUCCGCAGGAUCUUCACAAACAGCAGGGAGAGGUGGAGGCAACAGAAUGUCAACGGGGCCUUCGCGGAACUUCGCAAACUCAUCCCGACCCACCCGCCAGACAAGAAACUGAGCAAGAAUGAGAUCCUCCGCCUGGCCAUGAAAUAUAUCAAUUUCUUGGCCAAACUGCUGAGCGAUCAAGAGCAGGAAGGUGAGCAGCGGGGGUUACAGAUUAAAGAGGCGGACAGUACCAGGCUGGCCAGUGAUGACAUCCAAGAGAUGUCUCCAGACUCGAGCUGUGGAAGCUGUUUCGAUGGAACAGGAAGCCCGGAAAGUCUUAGCGAAGAACACGAUCAUCUCGAGUCACGACAUGGAAACCACCGCCACUCCAUACUUCCUCCAGAUGUCAAUGGACAGCGGUGAUAUCCUUGCAAAAAUGAUGCAUCUGGAAGAAUGGAAAACUGCAGCUAAAGGAACAUAGACUUGCUGUUUUACCAGCGACUGCUGAAUCGAUUAACGUUUUACUUUCUUUACAUUUUGUGUAUCUCUAACGUUUUCAGGUACAUAUAAAUACUAGGCGCCUGUCCUUCUGGAUUUUAAAUCUAAAAGUCUCACUGGAUUGAUCAUUGACGUUUUUUGUUUAGAGACAAGAUAAUUUAAAUUUAAAGAAUUUAAUUUUAUCUUAAAGUCGAGGUACAUGUAAAUAUUGUAAAAGCUUCAGCCGUUCAAGAUUCGGACGCUGUUUAUGGGAAAAAGAAUCACGUUUUUGUAAUGGAAAGUCAAAGAGGACCAAUAUUUAUUUCUGUUGGAACAGUAGCAUCCUUUUUCUAGUGAAUUACAUGUUAGUUCUUUUAACUAUAUUCCCGUCAUUCUGUCCACUGCAUCCGACUCCAAGCGGAACACUAAUUAAAAACAUAUUAAAGAAGCACUGUGCGGAAGAGAGAGGUACUUUGAAUUUGCAUGGCGAUUAAAUCCCCGAAAAGGGAUGCUAUGAUGUUCAACAGAAGUAGAUCAUCUUGUUUGUCUAAAUUAGAAGAUAAAAGUCAAAAAACAUACGUGCAUUGCGGAUUAUUAUUGAAAUUGAAAUAAAAUGUCGAAGGGUUAAACUUUUUGAAAAUGUACAUUUCUGGGAAUAAUUAUUUUGUAUGUUUUCAUGCAUUGGUCGAAAAUUGGGCAGUUUAUUGCGUAUAAUGAAACUUGUUGCAGCUAUUCACGGGCCCUUUUUCUAUUCUUGUGGACAAAUCAUUAUUUAUUCCAUGAACUCUAUACUUCAGACUUUUUGACUAACUGAAACACCAGGCAAUUUUUAUGGGUACAAAUAGUGACAUUUUUUCUAAAGUACUUUAACAUUCUGCAAAACAGCAGAAAAUCACGUAUUUAAUAAUUCAAUGGACAACGAAUGUUGUUUAUUUUAUUUAAAAAUAUAAAGGGUAUGGUACACUCCUUAUUUCCCACAUGUGCUCUUGCCUGCUAAAUGUAUUGUGAAUAUCAUGUGUAUAAUUCACACUGCACUUUCAGUACAUUUUGUAUGUGAUUUUUUUUCUGCGUUGGCAGAAGUUGGGUAACGAAACCUGUUAACUUAAGCAAAUAACUACUACCACGUACAUUCUGACAAAGUGAUUCUCGAUGGAUACUCUUUGUAAAGCCUACUGUGGCUGCAAAGUUUGUGUGCAGUAUGUAUAUCACGUAUUGUUGUAAAAUAUAUGCAAUGUUAUAUUACCAAGAAUUUACUUUUAAUAAAUUGUAUACAAUUUAAA